CCGAAGGGGGAGAUCCAGGCCUCCGGUCGGCCAGAGGCUGGUCUUACUUUGCAGUUUUGGAUCAUGAUUUCAUCAUGGUUUGAUUCCUCGCCUGGUGAUUCGAUCUGCUGUAUCAGUGCGUGUAGCGAGGAGAUCUGUACGGCUCUUCUGAGUAUUGUGCUCCGUACAAUACCCCGAACAAGCAGAGCCAAUCUCCCUCCAUUCUCCCUUUUUUCUCAUUCCGCACGGCCUCAUAGCAACCACGAUCGACUGGCUGAAGCAGAAGGGAGUCCUCAAUACACCUCCAUAUCGUGCCUUCCUUUUGCUCUCAUCAAUCAACCACAAUCGGGGCUAUCCGGUGUGGUACAACCAUCAGCUUGACUCGUCACAAUUCACCAUUCCCGCAGUUGACGAUCCCCUCACGUCGCCCAUCCCUAUCCAUUUACCUUUGCGUCUCUCCUCCAAUCCAUCCGCAAAGGCAUCUGCAAGUCCCACUGCAUGACUGGUCUCGCCCGUGUGGAUGAAAGAGGGUCUCAUCUCAUUUUAAUUUUCUCUUCUCUCGUCUUGGAAACACUAGUGAGCCUAAACCUUGAAUCGUCUCCACUUCAGGUUCGCCGCUAUCGACCGUGACGGCAUUGCUGCCCUUUUCCCCCUUCGAUUGUGCAUCCCUCGCUUCGCGCAGUCAACCUUCGACGCCCGCGGUGACGGGGCAACCUCUCCACCUCCCCCCUCGAUCACUCCGAUCAUCCAAUACAUUGUCUGACCCCCCGUCCAAUUGCGGUCCCCGGGUGCGCGACUCCGUCAAUUAAUCUUCCGAUGCUGGUGGGGGAACCGCUGCAAUCGAUUGCAUUCGUCCUGCUCUGAUUUGCCCAGCGCAACGACUGGUGUCGGUGAUUUUCGCUGCAUUGAGCAUGCACAUCAAUCGGCUAUGGAUGCAGCUAUGAAGGAUGCCAAAACUCAAAGGCGCAGUUCGGCUGCCCCGGCGGCCGCUGCUCGAUCAAAAGGCUCGCAUGACCCGGUAUAUCAUACCGACGCAGUGCCCUCUGCCCGCAGCGCCUCCUCCACACGUCGCUCAAGCCACAAGACCGAGAAUACCACCGAGCGUCCACAACACCCGUCGCUUUCCCGUGUGAAAGGCAGAAGCAAUAUGUACACACCGCCGCGGCUUGCAAGUGAGGUCUCGUGGUUGAGGGAUCAAUCGCCAGUUCAUGCCGGAACUAGGACACCCCCUCAACAGUGCAAAACACCGGAUAUCGGCACCCCGACAUUGGUCAAUCCCGCCUCUACGCUCCUACAAGAUCUUCUCAAGGAACAACGUGCACACCGCAUCUCCCGUGGAAAUUUGCCCGAUGAUUGGGAAGACCUUGGUCCACGAACACCGGAUGGUUCGCGAGUACAAGACGACUCUGCGUCGGAGAAAGCGAGGAAAGUGAGCGAAGCUAUCGCUACUGGGCAGCGGCAACCAAAGGAGAUGGGCAUGCGAGAGAUGGAUCAGUAUGUUUCAAAAAUGAACAAAUUGAAUUUUGACUUGAAGCUCGAGAUUCAUCACCGCUCGGAGCAGAUGAAGCAGUUGCGGGAGAAGGUCCAGCGCAUGGAGGAGAUGGAGGUCGAGCUUCAGCGUAUGCACAAGCUGGAAGAGGAGGUCAUGGAGCUACGCAGUGUGGAGAAAAAGAAUCAACGCUUGCGUGAGGAGAAUCAACUGCUGUCUCAGGAGCUCGAGAAGCGGAAUGUAGCCGUCACCGAGGCGGUUCAGCUUAUUUGCCAGCUCGAGGCUAAGAUUGAUGAGCUCGAGUCGGGCGGACGGACGUCGCAGAUGUCGAUGAGCCGGUUGGUACUUGAUGGCCCAAACGUUACGACUCCCAAAGGACAAACUACCUUCGAAAUUCCUGAAAGGACCUCGUCUAAGCGAAAUUCGGCUGCUUUCACCCGAUCUCUCCAAUCGAGGUCUGCCGAACUACACAAGCUGACCAAGGCCCCGUCUUUCUUACGAGAUGAAAACCAGAGCACUGCAACUUUGCGCAGUCUCUAUGCCCCGGAGAAUAACGUAUCUCACUCGGCCGUGAGUGCUCUGACCAAGUCAGAAAGCUUUAAUACUCUGGACCGCUCUCCCGAAUCGCCGCGGCUCAGCGUUCUGAGUGAAUGCAGCGAGCUGGACCCAAUUGGUUCCUCGUCGGAAUUGGAUGGAUACGACAAGUUGGACAUUCCAGUCCGUCGAGCUUCAUCCGCAACUAGCAGCUUGGAUAGUUAUAUUCCCCCAAUUGCGCGGCAAGAGAGCAAGAAUUACCAGAUUGAUCGCUGGAUGGGCUCACAAGCAGAUGCGUCUGAUACGAUCAUCCGACGACGACAAAAUCGGGUCUUAUCACACAGCGUAGGCCCGACGUUUGGGGGUGAACUCUAUUCCAAGAGGUCUGCACGCGGCCGUCCUCCAUUGGACGCGCUUUUCGGGGGCGCAAGGCUGCCUCCAACUCCCGACACAAUGAGUACGGCAUGCGCGCCAGCCAACAACGGUUCCAAUGGCAGCAUUGCAGCCCAGCGAAGCCCCCAGCAGAGGCAAGACCAGUGGUUUGCAGGACGGCCCGUUGAGCGUCAUCGUUCUGCAGAUGAACUUGCCUCCAGACGCAGCUUCAAUGGCAGUGAUAGUCUUCAGACGAACUGCAGUGACACGCCUCGUCUUGGUAAAACGAGUCCAUUUUCUCCAACUUUUCUCCCAUACAUCAAUGUUGCCAACAAAGCAAGUGCGCUUCUCGGACCUGGUAGCCCUAGCCAUCCAUCUUCGCACUAUUUGAGCGAUCCCUUCCAAAAGAUCAACAACGACGAUGCGGUGCCAUUGACAAUGACACGCCAGGAAACUCCGACCAGACCUCGCCCAUGUUCUGUCAGCCCUGAAUUUGGAAGAUCUGACGGAUGGGAUUCGCCCUCCCCUCCUCUGACCCCCACAGACUGGGUUGCGGCGGCAAAGCAGGGACCUCGCUCUCGCAAAGAGCGCAAUCCGCCCCGGCCUAUCAGCCAGGCAGCCUUCCACGACAACCAGAGCACCGCCUCUUUCCCAACCGAAUCCGAUAACUCACGGAUUCCAACCCUGGACAUGAACACACUCGAUGUCCUCGAACAGGACUUUGCAGAAAUGCCCUUGGCAGAAUGCUCCAAGCCCGAGCCCGAGCCCGAGCCAGCCCCGGAAACUCGACGCCGUAUGAGCUUUAAGCCCCGCUUCUUCCACCGUAAUAACAACACUAAACACGUCCAAUCCUCCCCAAUCGCGAAUGAGUUCCACGCUACCGAAGAUGAUGACGAAGAUGGCGCCCCAUCACCCAUAAUUCCAAAGACCAGGGCUGCGGGUAAUGCGCGCCGCCGCCCCGUAUCCCAAAUAAUCGCCAGCUCCGCAGACACCUACUCCUCCAGCCUACCAACGGCCCAUGGUCUCGAUACCCCGUUCGAACAUAAAUCACUGCACCAAUCCCUGAUGGAGUCUCGAAGCACUGCCAUCGCCAUGAACGGCGCAGCUACCAUCUCGGGCCGUCCAAGCACCUCACACAGCACGGAGACUCAUAAGCGCCGCAGCUCACUGGGUAUCUUCGGCUGGGUGAAGGGCAUGACUGGGAAGCGCUCUGAGCCUGCAACACCCGUGAAGGCAGAACGGCCCAGAGCCAAAGAGAACGACCCCAACUGGGCCGCGGAAGACGAUCUGCCGCGUUCAGCGACCCCAGAGUCAUUCAGUGCACCCGUUGUCCGCCCACCCUCAGAGAUGACCAUGUACUCGGAUGACCAGGGUCGCCGGCCACGAUACGUUGGUCGACACUCGCGAAGAGUCUGAGAUGCUGAACAGCCGGACUGGCUUGCGUACCCAAAAACACUCUGAUGUGAACAACACCUUCUUACGAUGUACUUAUGGAUACCCCUACACACUUGUAUAACACAGCGCCCGGGACAGGUUUCCCGAAACUGCGUGCUGAUUCAAUAUUUCCAACUAAUUAUCACUCUUUACCCUCUGCAAGAAUCGAGGUGAUGCCUUGAUAUGCUCGUUCAUUUUGUUACGCUGAUACGUUGUUGGACUUUGUGCUUUGGAAUUGCAAUUGAGAAAGGUCUGCCUGUCCCGCUGGUUCGGGAUAGGUAAUAUUAGACUUUAUGGACUAUUUUGAAAUAGCAAAAGCGAGUAUCUAAUGAUCAGCAUAAAUGACAUUGAACGGAUCGUGGUUCUUUAUAUCGUAC